AUGGGGAAACUGAUUCCUGUGGCUUUGUUACUCAUCACUGUGCUCUACAGUGGAAUAGCCAGUAAUGGAAAGGUUUCUGCAUUGAAAGCUGCAACUCAGGCAGUUCAUACUGGUUCAAGAUCUAAAAACGAUCUAGUUAGACAACUGUCUGUACUCAAACUUUCAGCUGCAAAUACAGAUUUUGCCUUGCGUCUCUACAGACAGAUUGCCUCUCAGCCAAGCUCAACUGCCAAGAAUAUUUUCUUCUCUCCAGUAAGCAUCUCUUCCAGCCUGGCCAUGUUGUCAUUGGGUGCAAAACAUAACACUCGAGAUCAGCUUCUACGGGUUCUUGGGUACUACAAUAUGUCAAAGAAUGAUGCAGCCGAGGUGCAUGUAGCAUUCAAGUACCUCCUUCAAGAGCUAACCAGUGAAAAGUGUGAACUGCAUUUGACGAUGGGGAGCUCUCUGCACAUCCAGCAGGGAUUAAACCUUCAAAAGAAAUUCCUUGAGGACACAAGGCAAUUUUAUAAUGCAGAGGCAAUUGGUGUUGAUUUCAAAGCAGUGGACAAAGCAAAAAAAAAGAUCAACACUUAUGUGAGAAAGCAAACGAAUGGCAAAAUUCAAGAAUUUAUUAAAACCCUUAAUCGGAACACUUUGAUGAUACUUCUCAAUUAUGUCUUGUUCAAAGGUAAAUGGGUGAAACCUUUUGAUCCUCAGGACACUUAUGAAGAUGACUUUCAUGUAGAUGAUACAACAACAGUUAAAGUUCAAAUGAUGAAGAGGAGAGGAAGAUAUUCUAUGAAUUACGAUAAUGAACUUGCCAGUUCUGUGAUUUUGAUUCCAUAUAAAGGAAAUGCUUCUCUAGUCCUCAUACUACCAGACCCAGGAAAAUUAACAGGAGUGGAACAAAAUCUGACUAUUACCAGUUUUCAAAAUUUAAUAAAUUCAUUACGGAUUGGGUCUGUGGAUUUGCGCCUCCCAAAGUUGUCACUGAAGUCCUCCUACCAGCUCAAACACCUACUGAUUGCAAUGGGUAUUUUAGACGUCUUCAGUAAUAAUGCAAACCUCUCCAAGAUCACGAAAUCUGCACCACUAUAUGUAUCAAAGGUGGUUCAUGAGGCAGUGCUGGAUGUUGAUGAAAGAGGAGCAGAAGCUACAGCAGCUACAGGAGUUGGUUUAAUGCCAAUGUCAAGGCUUCCUCAGCUUAAACUUAACAGACCCUUCUUACUAUUAAUUGCUGAACACAACACCAAGAGUGUGCUGUUUGCAGGAAGAGUGAUGAACCCCAAUGUUUAA